GAGUUUGGGACGGGAGGGGUCAAAUUACAUACAAGUCAAAAACACCUGGUACCCUCCAUACCUACUGCAGCGAUAGAUUGACUUCUCCACUCUGUCCUCGCUCAACAACCACACCUCACCACCUCACCUCACCACCACCGUCACCACCACCACCGCCGCCCACCACCACGCUCGCUCGCCCACUCGCCCGUCGCGAUGCCCUCCCCGCGCCGCACCAAAGCCCUCCUCGUCGCGCUGAUGUCGGUUCUGGGGCUGACGUUGUUCCUAACAUACUACACCUCAUCCUCGCAGAGCCCAUACAUGCGUACACUACGUUCCGUGACCUCACCGGGGGGGCGGCUUUCUUCCUCUUCGGAGCCUGUCGUGCCCGCCUUGCCCGCAGCGGUAUACCCCGAAGCGCGCGCGGAGAUCUUCACGCUGCUGGAGGCUAACGCCGUCGUCGUGUUCUCGAAGAGCUACUGCCCCUACUCGAAGAAGGCCAAGGCCCUGCUGCUCGACAAGUACAGCAUCGUGCCUGCGCCGUACGUUGUAGAGCUCGAUUUGAGAGAUAAUGGCGCCCAGUUGCAGGCGGAGCUAGAGGUGGUUACGGGAAGGGGGACGGUGCCGAAUGUAUUGGUCAACGGGAAGAGCAUCGGCGGCGGCGACGACGUGGAACAGCUGGAUACCGACGGGACGUUGAAGGGUACAUUGCUAAGGCUGGGUGGGGAGAGGAUCACACAGGUCUCCUUGCAAUCGCAGGCGCAAUAGCAUCGAGGGCUUUUGGACGCGGAUAAUGUUGGCUUUGGAUAAGGAUGGCUCGCGCCGGGAUGUCAAUGUGGGGAUAUCUACCUAGGUACGGAUGCUGGGCACAAAAUGGGAU